AUUUGAACACAAUCUAUACACAUAUUCCUCUUACAAAGUACAAACAAUUUCCCUUUCAUACCAGCCUUCAAUAUGGAGAGUACUACCUCAACAGAUUCUCCACCACCUUCACCAACCCCUGAACUUGAUGAAAACAAUUCAGAAUCCAACCUGCAGACUUCAAAAGACUCUCCAGAUCAUGUUGGCAAAACUAGUACAGAUAUAUUCAGAGAUGUAAUUUUAUGGAAGAGGAAGCGUUAUAGUGCUGUUGCACUAUUAGCAGCUACAGCAAUAUGGCUGGCACUUGAAGUCUAUGGAUUGACCUUCAUAACGCUCUUUUCAUGGAUCACCAUGUUCCUCAUCGCUUUCAUCUUUUUAUGGAGUAACAUACAUAUGCUCUUGGGAAAAGAGCCCCUGGAGAUGUCAAGGAUGUACAUAAGCGAUGAAUCAGUUGUGGAGGCGGGCACCAAAUUUCGUGAAUUGGUUGAGAAAAGCCUAAGGUUUCUGUUUAGCGCGAGUACCGAGAGAGAGUGGUUCGUCUUUGCGGGGACUGUAGCUUCUUUGGGACUGCUUUCAGUUGUGGCCAGCUACUUUGAUCUACUUACGCUCCUCUACAUUGGGAUUGUAGUGGGGCUGACUGUACCAGUGGUAUAUGUGAAAUAUGAAGACAGGAUUAAGGACUUGGGGCAGCGAGUAAGGGUACGAUGUCACACGUAUUACAGCACCGUGACGGAGAGAUGUCACAUUUAUUACAACGCCAUAGCGGAGAGGGUGAAGAAAAUGAAGAGCAAGCUCCAGGACAAGAAAAAGAAAAUAAACGACUAGUGUACAUAUUUUUGGUUCGUGUUUACUUGAUUAUUAGUAGUAAUAAAUUGAUUUUAAGGUUUUUACAAAUGCACCAAGAAAUAGGAUGGAGUACUCGAUUUGCACAUGUAAAUUUGAUAUAUUAAUUACUAAACCAGUAUAAUC